ACCAUCUUUUAAAUACAAAAAGUAGGUCAAAAUAUAAAAAAAUAUAAAAUAAUAGUGAAUAGUGUCAAAAAAAAAUGGGAUACUCUAACACGAAAAAGUCAUCAAUUGUUCCUUUCUGCUUGAAAUUGGCUCUCAGCCUUUUCAUGAUAAUGACUUUAUCAGCACCAGUGCUUGGAAGGAGUGCAUCAACAACAAUUCCUGACGAAGAAAUGGCGGUGAUAAUAGAAAAAAUUGGAAAUGAAAACCAGAAAACAAACAUAUUAUCCAUGCAACCAAAUGAUAAUAACAUAUUAGAGUUUCUCAUUAAGCAAGAAAUAGCCAUGCGCAAUACUAAUAAGAAUUUGCAGUGUGCAUCACAAGGACAAUACUGUAACCGUGUGUUCGGACCAGAUUGUUGUACCAGUAAAUAUGUAUGUCUUCCACCUUCGCUUGUGGGUGGUGUAUGUGCUUUCUAAGCAUCUGGACUCGGGUACUGAAUGCUGAUGUUGGAUAUUGGUACGUGUCCAAAUGUCGGAUACGUCUAAAUAUUCAAUUUACGCCUAAAUUGAAGUGUCUAAGUGUCAUACCAAUGUCCGAGCAUCAAGGAACGGAUAGAUCUGAUCUGGUCUACCAGUGGGAUUAGUAGGGAUGGUUUCUCUAGUUUUGUUACUUUGUUUUUAGAUAUUAAUAAAUGUUUUCAAUUGUUUGAUUGUUCUGUACUUGUUUAGGACACAAACAAUGAAAAACUAGGGUUUGAAAAUUGAAAGUUAAGGAUGUAAUUUGUGCUUUUAUCAUUUCAUGAUGCAAUAAUACUUCCCACUGAUAAAUCAUUUGUGUUUAAUUCAAGACUUCU